AUGGAGGCUAGCUGCGGCUCCAAAGAAACGGACGUGGAAGUGGCAGCAGCUUGCGUCUCAAUCGUCAGGGAGGAAAAUGUUACAGCUGAUAUUGUGGAUGUUACACUUCAUCGAGACAAACUCAACGUAGCUGAACAGACACUAGAUGUAGUGUUCCGUAAGAAUGACGAGCGCUUGAAUGAUCGGGAGGCCACUCUACCGGAUGACGCUUUAAAUGUACCACAGCAGGGUGAAUCGUCAGAGAAACGCGAGGCUGUGGACACUGCUGCGUUUACUGGCAAAUGUCUGAUCUCCAACCAAUACGAGGAUAGUUCGUUUCGAAAAUGUUUUUUGCUAGACAUUGUCGUUGAUUCCGAGUCUAAAGCUGAGCCGGAGGACGAGAAUGAAAGCGAUGAGAACAACCAAAGCGUGGACGAGGUACCUGCAGAAGAACCUGGAUUUAUUUCGUGUUCGGAUGGUCGUGAGAGAUCUCCUCCCCGUCAUACAGACGUGACUGAAGGUGAGACAACAGAUACACUGGCAGCGCUGGCAAUUAUUGCAGCUACAGAAAUUGCGAGAACGAAAGCAGCAAAACGAAUUUCUCGCUUCUUACUGCCUAAGCUGCAAGCCAGACAAGUGCAGAAGACACACGCUGUGGUUCAGAUCCAGUGUCUUGCUCGCGUGUAUCUAGCGAAAUUGUGCAUGGAUCGUGUGCGUUUAGCCUUGUUGCACUCGCUUCGAGCUCAGCUACUUGCGAGUUGGCAGGUAACGAGUUCAACUGACACGGACGAAAAAUUGAACGAGGUUCGUGGCCAUGAUCCAAAAUUUGACCAAAACGACGAUGAAGAUGACGAACUUGACCAGGAGCUACAAGGAUAUCAGCCAUCUACUCACGAGUUUUCUGACGAAUAUAUUCACGUACUACCCACGUGGAAUGGCCAGAUUCCACCUGGUGUGCCGUUGCUACGAUCUAGCGCUGGAGCCCCAUUGCUUUCACUGUGGAAGUGGAGUUGGCCUGAUGAAAAAUGGAUCAGCAACAACCAGUAG